AUGCCAUCAUUACACUGUCAUUACCAUCAAAAUUUUACAAAGCGUCUACCACUAAUGCUAAAAUAUUUACGCUUAACUCAAAUACCUAAACUUCAAUCAUUUGCCAUUAUACUAUCACUACUACUCGUCUAUUUCAUAUUUUUAAACGCUUACCCCACUAAACCUAUUGAUCGCAACCAUUAUUCAUUACAAAAUCCUCGAGUACUCAAAGAAUUAACUUCUGGCUGGAACCCAUAUUUAUCUUCUGAAUUAACUAUUAUUUCCAUAAUUGACAAACUUGAAAAUAUCGAACCACAAUUGAACUCUAUAUUCAAUCAAUCAAUAAUAUCGGCAAAUAUUAUAAUAGUUACGUCAAAAAGCAUUGUAAACAAAAUAGAACAAGUGCUUGAAGAGAAACAUAAUGAUUUUAUAAUAUCUAUACAUAUAAUGGAUACUGGUAAUAAAUUAAAAUUGUUAGGUUGGUUACAGCUUACACAACAUAUAAAAACGACCAAUGUGCUCCUUUUGGAUUCUGGUGUAAUACUUGGCAGAAAAUUUAUUUUGAACAUGCUCCAUGUUGCAAACACCAGUGAAUAUAGUAAUGCCCUGUUGGGAACUAUGGGUGCAUACAUUAAAGUUAAUAGUAGUUUGAGCAUGAACAACAAUGAUAAAAAAUCAUUGGUUUGCCUGGCAGAAAAUAAUAACAAUUAUCAUCAGGAUCCAACAUUGUUGGAUUCGGUCACCAAUUCUCAAAAGAACACAUGUGAAAAUCUACAAUCAACCCUCAAAACGAAUGUUCCUUGGAACGAUCUUAUUGAACAUGGUUAUCCCGUAGUAUUCAAAGAAUCAUUGGUGAAGAAAAAUAUGGAAUUGAACAGAAUGCUAUUUGUUAUUGAUGAUGAACAUCAGGAAAAAAUGUUUAGACCAUUAUUUUGCAGUUUAUCAGCGAUCAAGAAUAAUUCAGUAAACGUGGUGGUAACUGGUAGUUCAAGAGGGAUGUCUGCUUUGAAACUUAAAUCCAUUCUUUUGAAAAAUAAUUACUAUUCAAAAUGCAAAAAUUUAGAAAUUUAUGAUUUGGAUAUUAAGACAGAUUCUUACAAUGAUGAUAUUGAAUUGAAAAUUAAAGUUUUUCAUGGUGUUGGUAAGUUAAUGCAAUCUAUAAAACCAGAAGUUGUGAUUUAUUCUAAAAUUGAAAAAAAUGAAGUUGUUCAUGGAAUAACACUUGCAGCAAAUGAAAUCAAAAAUAUCACAAAAAUACAAUUACCUUUAGAUGAAAUCCAUCAUGCAAUAGAAAUUAUGACUGAUUUGCCAUUUGAAUCAUUAAAAAAUUGGAAUUUACCAAAAUUUCAAAUACAAAUACUUACACAAAGCCGACCAGAUUCUUUGAUGCGUCUUUUGACAUCAUUGAAUUCAUCGAUCUACUUUGGAGAUGAUGUUCCAUUAACAAUCAAUAUGGACAGAGGAGCAAUUAAUCAAACAAUAGAGCUUUCAAACACAUUUAAAUGGAUACAUGGUAUGAAGAAAAUUAGACACAGAGUGGUUCAAGGUGGCUUAUUGCCUGCUGUAGUUGAAUCAUAUUAUUCUUAUGAUUACAAUGAUUAUGCGCUUCUACUGGAAGAUGACAUUGAGUUAUCACCAUUUCAUUAUCUUUGGUCAAAGUACGCUAUUCUAAAAUAUAGAUAUGGACCAGAUAGAGCAUAUAGUAAAAGAUUGUAUGGUUUAAGUUUAUAUAAUCAAAAAAAUAUGGAACUUCCACUUCCUGGCCGCGUCAAAUUCUUUCCUGAAAUGGUGUUGGAAAAUACAAAAUAUGAUAUCAGAUCACCAUAUCUAUGUCAGGUUCCUUGUAGUUGGGGUGCAGUCUACUUUCCAGAAAUAUGGCGUGAAUUUCAUGAAUAUCUUGUUGCUCGAAUGGAUGAUGCCGACACUUAUAAACUUCAUGAUAUACAGGUGCCAUAUAGUCGAUCAAAUUUUUGGAAAAGGUCAUGGAAAAAAUAUUUAAUUGAACUGGUAUACCUUCGUGGCUACGUGAUGUUAUAUCCAAAUUUUAGUAAUUUCACCAGUUUCUCCACAAAUCAUGCAGAAUUUGGUGAACACAUUCAUUUCCGAAAAGAUAGACCUGAUCCAGGUUCCAUAUUUAGUGUGCCAUUGAUGCAAGAGAAUAUUAUUUUCCAGGAAUUGCCUGAUGGUCAACUAGCCAACUAUAAGGAAUUGCCUGUGAUUGACUUAUGGGGAAAUCUUACCACAUCUAAUGAAUUGGUAUAUCGUGGACAUAGUUUUCAAUCUAAUGUGUCAUCAUGUUCACCAUCUGACAAAAAUGAUGAACCAACAUUUGAUCCACACGAUCUGUUGUGCGUAGAUCCAGUUGAGAAGCGUAAAGCAUUGGCCAAGUUGCAUAAAUAUAAUAGAGAUUUGAAUAUCAUGUUGAGGGUUUUUCAAGUGGUUGAAAAUUAUGCAGAAAAAAAUAAAAUGAAAAUGGAACCAAAGAGAUUUAUAAAGACUUUUUUGAAAAUAUCGAAGGGAACAUUCGUCCCACCGCCCACCAAAUUCAAAUAA